AUGUUGCAUGUGAUCGAGCUAAUUAAGCGCAUACUGCUUGCAACGUGCGCAGUUCUUAUCCCGUUUGUAACCGCGUCAGCCUCUGUACCUGCCAACGACCAACUCAAUGAAGACGUCGUUUCUUAUCUCCAGAACUUGUCUGCGCCAGGAACUCGCAUUGUCACCGCACACACCGAAACCAUUGAUGUUCACAAAACUCAGUUUUGGAAUAAAAAAAGCACAAGGGAUGAUUCAAAAACAGGGGAGAGUCAGCCCGUCGCCUACACGCCCACUUUUGGCAGCAGCUGGCAUUGGCACGGUGGCAGUCUUCUGGUCAUUCGCCGGGCUUCUGCGAAAUCCUACGGGCCUAUGAAUAGCGGAACGCCGGAUCAAUACGCGACGACUCCAAACGGAAAAGAGCCACUGCUCAUCCUUUGCUUAGUUGGUCCAACAUGGUGGAACACAAAUAUCCUUAAGCCGAAAAGAGACAUCAAUACGAUAUAUUUGAAUGAGGAAAAAAAGCGUAACUUGAUGAGCGAUAUCGAAGAAUAUCUAAAAGCCGAUACCCAAAAGUAUUACCAGCAAUGCGGCAUACCCUAUCGACGAGGCUAUCUACUUCACGGACCUCCUGGUACCGGAAAAUCCUCUCUUGGUCUGGCUUUGGCGAGCUAUUUUAACGUCGAUAUGUACAUUUUCGAGCUUGCCAGCAUUCGCAGUGACGAAGAACUGAAAACUCUUUUCUCACUACUGCCGCGACGGUGUAUUGUCUUGUUGGAAGAUAUUGACGCCGUUGGACUUCAAAAUCGGAAAAGAUUGGCGAUAGAUUGCAAUGGGCCUUUGGAAGAUUCGAGUGAUGAAGACGAGCGGCCGAACGGGUUUCAAAAACGGUCCGCAUGUUCGCUUUCUGGGCUGCUAAACGCGAUCGACGGUGUGGCAAGUCCUGAGGGCCGUAUUAUUAUCAUGACGACAAACGCGGUUGAGAGAAUAGAUCCAGCGUUGAUCCGGGAUGGAAGAAUUGAUCUAAGAGUCUACCUCGGGAAUGUUGACGUGCAAUCGGCAAAGUCAAUGUUUCUAGCCAUGUACAAACAUGGAACCAUGGCCACAUGCAGCAACGCAAAGAACGACCCUAACAGCAUGCUCAGCAACAUCGGCCGCCAAACCAUUAAUUGCGCUACUCAUUAUUCGGAAAAAGACGUUGUCUUGAGUUUGGCGCAUGUGUUUUCUCAGCAGAUACCGAAUGAUCACGUCUCGCCCGCCAAGCUCCAAGGGUACCUCCUUAAACACAAGAAUGAUCCAACCGCGGCGGUGGACAAUUUGGAGGGAUUUUUGAAAGAAUGCAAAAAAUGA